CAGGCGGGUACACAGAGCAGCUCACAACUCAGUGGACAGCUCCGCGGUGCUGAUCUCUCCCCGCAGCAGUUCCGCAGCGACUUUCUCCUCCGUGAACUUCACCACAACCUCACGCCCAGAACCAGCCAUGCGAGUCGCCGUGGAGGGGAUCCCGUGGAAACUUUUUCUGCUCUCCGGCGUGCUCCUGGGGGGGUCGAGUCAAGACUUCGGGCAGACCCAGUUCAUUUGCACGUCCGUGCCCAAGGAUAUGGACCUGUGCGCCGCGACGAUGCAGAACAGCGGGCCGGCGGAGGACCUGAAGACCACGGUGCUGCAGCUGAGAGAGACCGUGCUCCAGCAGAAGGAGACGAUCAUGAACCAGAAGGAGACGAUCAAAGAGCUGACGUCUAAGCUGACCCGCUGUGAGGGCAUGGCCGAGCCCGGGGACUCUAAGCCGGGCUCCAGGAGGAAGGACACGGGCUCUUCUAAAAAUACGAUGGGGGAUGUAUCGAGGGGUCCCGCGGACACGCUCAGCCAACUAGGACAAACUUUACAAUCGCUGAAACAGAGGCUGGAAAACCUCGAGCAAUUCAGCAGGAAUAACAACUCGGCGCAGGCGAGCAGCCUGAAGGACCUCCUGCAGACCAAGAUCGACGACCUGGAGAAGCAGGUGCUGUCGCGGGUGAACAGCCUGGAGGAGGUCAAGCCGGCGCUGAAGAACGAGACGGAGCAGCGGGGCAAAGUCGAGUCCACGCUCACCUCCCUGCACCACAGGAUCAGCGACCUGGAGAAAGGUCAGAAAGACAACAGACCCCUGGAUAAGUUCCAGCUCACCUUCCCCCUGCGGACGAACUACAUGUACGCCAAGGUGAAGAAGAGCCUGCCGGAGAUGUACGCCUUCGCCGUGUGCAUGUGGAUCAAGUCCAGCGCCUCCCCGGGAGUGGGCACGCCCUUCUCCUACGCGGUGCCGGGGCAGUCCAACGAGCUGGUGCUGAUCGAGUGGGGCAACAACCCCAUGGAGAUCCUCAUCAACGACAAGGUGGCAAAGCUGCCCUUCGUCAUCAAUGAUGGGAAGUGGCACCACAUCUGCGUCACCUGGACCACGCGCGACGGCGUCUGGGAGGCUUUCCAGGACGGAGUGUUGCGGGGCAACGGCGAGAACUUGGCCCCCUAUCACCCCAUCAAGCCCCAAGGAGUCCUGGUCCUGGGGCAGGAGCAGGACACGCUGGGAGGAGGGUUUGAUGCCACCCAAGCCUUUGUCGGCGAGCUGGCGAAUUUCAACAUCUGGGACAGGAAGCUGUCGGCCGGGGAGAUCUACAACCUGGCCACCUGCAGCAGUAGGGCUCAGGUGGGCAACGUUUUCUCCUGGUCGGAGAGCAGCAUUGACCUCUACGGGGGCGCCUCGAAGUGGACAUUCGAGCCCUGUCGCCAGAUCAACUGAGGACUGCAGAAAGCGCAGAGCCGACCGACCGACAACAGGAACAAAAAAACGGCCCAGCACAGACACGUGUCUGCAAGCUCCUGUCCUUCGAGUCUUCGUUCUUUUUUUUACAGUCCUUUAAGAAAAAAAAACAACAACAAAAAAAAUCGAGAAUUAAGAAAACACAGAUGCCGAAAGAGUGUAGAACUUGUCUUCUUCUUCUCCUUCUCCUCGCUGUCACUGGUCUCGUCUUGUUUUCCGCGGAGCCCCAGCAGGAGGCGCUCCGCCGGACUCCGACCUGCACAGUCCCCCGUCCUGCUCUUGGGGAGGCGGCUGUGGCAGAGCGCGCCCACCAUGGGCUGGCGCAGGGCUGCUCCCACGCGGGGGACACUCUGAGCAGCCGCUCCGCUGGAAAGACACUCCGCCUGGGAAAAACCAUGAACCCCACCCCCCCCCCCUCCCCACUGGGAACGUGCACUGUGAAAGACAAGGGACCCACAUGAGGACAGGUUUAAAGGACAAAACCAAGGACGGACCUCCUUUCAGCUCUCCUUACUUCUCUAAUAUUCUUAUUGUUUGCUUUAAAUGUUUGUGUAAAAAAAAAAUGUUUUUAAUUGCCAACUAAGUUUCGAGCCUGGGUGCCUUGGGCUGGUUGCGGAAAUUCAGCACAUCCGUUCUGAUUUGCAAAUGUUCGUUGUUUUUUCCUUUUUUUUUUAAAGAAGAAAUUUCCUCUUCUAAUAAAUGUAUUCAAAAGCAAUUUGUUAAAGGCCAUGACGUGUUUCGGCAGGUGUUUGUACUCUGUAUUGGGAAUGUUAUCUGUACAGUAACAGCAUGAACGACGCAGUGCUGCAGCAGUAUCGACGAAAAUCGCUUUCCUGUCCUCUCGGGUUGGGUUUUUUACUGUAUUGUUAUAUGCUAAAAGCAUGGCAACACUGAGAGAUUAUAAAACAUUUAAUUUUUGUAAUAAAAUUGUGAUACAUAA